ACAAGUUCGUUCACAUGAAAAUCAUCAAAAUGAAAUUGAGUUACGAAAUUACAUCGUGAAUACUCCUAUUAGUUUGCUAUUCCAAUGUGCGAAAGAAAAAGAGGACAAUGGCGGACGGUUGGUUGCAAGUUUGACGGAUGCAUAUCACCGUGGCCGACAGAGGAUCUAGAACGAUUUUGCGUUGUAUUUAUGAGGGUGUCCCGCGUGUGUAAUAGGUCCAAGGGAUAUAGGAUAGAACGUAACUCAGCAUCAGAGCCAGGGCCACACUGGCGUUACGUGGCAGGUCCACCCGACCCCUUCCUGUAUUUCCGUAAUCCCAGGCAACACGACCACCCCGGAUAUCCACCUUGAAACCCACUCCCCCCUCUCUCUCUCUCUUACAACAUAGACCCAUAGAUAUCCCAUACGGGACAACAUAUACCUCCGUCGUUCCACUUGCCAGUUACUUUGAGGUCGGAUACCAAAACCCUUCUCUCUCUCUCUCUCUCUCUCUCUUUCCCCCGUUCUUCCCUCCGCCAGCACCACUACCACUCCUCACUCCUCAAUCCCCACUCCACACCACCACUACCACCACCAUCACCACCACUAACACCCUCUCUAUCGUCACCAGCAGUACAGUCUCUAGGUGCUUAAGUAUUUCACAUAGUCUUCCAUUCACUACCACCGGCCUCGUAACACUCCUGUCCAGUGAAACGCGAUAGCAUCUUAAUCGUGCUAAUUCGCGUUCACCCAUCACCGGCUGACACUAAGUUUGUGUACGCCUACGGGGCUUCGUAGAUUUUCUCGGCUUAAUCCCUCUUAAUUUCUUGCUACGAUUUAAUAAUAAAGACUUUAACGCAAUACGAAAUAUACUCAUAGAUUUCUACGAGGAGGAAUUAUUUUCAUUGUAUUGAUUUUUAGUUUUAGAUAACUUUUCUAAUCCUUUUUAUUCGCUUCGUAUACAACCAUAUUAUACUCGUACUUUAAAUUAGUUUUUAUUCACUAAUGAGAAAUCCUAAUGAGAAACGUUCGUUCUAUCGAACUCCGCCUGUUUUACAGAAUCACUUAUGGAAGGAAUGAGAACAGGGUGAAAGAAGAUAAACGCAUUGACGAUAAUCGACCAGCUGUCCCGAAGAUUCAUCAACAAACUGGUGCAUUCUCAUGGCAGCACGGAAACUCGCAGCCCUCUUCGCCGCGGUUCUACAACUUUGCUUAUGUCAAAUUACCCCGGAAGUUGUACCAGAGUUCCUAGCCCCUUUGGAAAAUCACACAGUAAUCCAGGGUCGUGACGUGUCGUUCACUUGCGUUGUGAAUCAUUUACAAUCCUACAGGGUAGCCUGGAUUAAGUCGGAUUCUAGGGCGAUCUUAGCGAUACAUACACGUAUGGUUACACACAACCCACGGCUAUCUGUCACUCAUAAUGGACACAACACGUGGAAGCUGCACAUAUCGAACGUUCAGAAGAAUGAUUCCGGUAGCUACAUGUGUCAAGUCAAUACUGAUCCAAUGCGAAGUCAGAUGGGCUACAUGGAAGUAGUGAUACCACCGGAUAUAAUGGACGACGAAUCAGCGAACGGUUUGGUGACACAGGAGGGUGGUAACUUGAGGCUUAGAUGUAUUGCAACGGGUCUUCCAAAACCAACGGUCAAUUGGAAACGAGAAGAUGGAAGGAAGAUCGUACUUCGUGAAGAUGGAAAAAAGCAAGUUCUCGACACUUACGAGGGAGAAACUCUGGAGCUUACGGGAAUUUUGCGACAAGAGAUGGGGACGUAUCUCUGUAUAGCCAGCAGUAGUGUGCCACCAAGGGUCAGCAAACGUUACACCGUUUCUGUUCACUUCAAACCAGUGAUCAGAAUACCCAAUCAAUUGGUGGGCGCUCCAGUUGACAGCGACGUCGUACUACAGUGCUACGUCGAGGCUUCGCCGCAAGCUAUGAACACCUGGUACAGGGACUCAGGGGAAAAGCUGCCGACGAACGACAAAUACACGAUGUCGGAGGAGCAGUUGAGCGAUUACUCGUGGCAGAUGAAUCUCACUGUCAAAUCUCUCAAAAAGGGUGACUUUGGUGGAUACGUCUGUUCAACGGUGAACGCCCUUGGAAAUGCAGAUGGAUGUGUUCGUCUCCAAGAGUUGCAACUCGUCGAUAAGACGACGCCGAGCAUUCUGAUGAAGAAUACGGAGACUAGACUACGAAAAAAACCGAUCAUAAAGGAAAAGAAAAAGAUGAAUGGUGGGAACAAUAACAACAGACGAAAAGUUCAUGCGAUGGGCAGUUAUGAUACGGAUUCGAUAGGGAAUGAAGAUGACCUUGGAACAACGCAAAUAAUGGCCGGUAGUACUUUGCACGAAGGUGGCAAAACUGAUCGGCCUUUGACCUUUCCCUCUGUCUCUCCGCCAUGGAUAGACGUUAACGCAGCGAGUUCUAGACAAGGUCCGAUUAUUCGAGACAUUAUUUUCCUUCUCCUUCUUUUGUUGAGGUUGACGAGCCUUUUUUAAAAUGAAAAAUCUCGUCAAUUUGUACGAAGCCCAUCGACGACGACGUGUGCUGUCCGUGUUGUGAUCGAGAUCAAAAUGAUUUUCUCUUGUGUAUAUAUAUAUAUAUAUAUAUUUUUUUUUUUUCGUAUCUCUCCCGAUACUCCUAAAUUGUCAUAAUUAUUCGUAAAAUAUGAGAAAUUUU